AUGGCUCCUCUGGCGGCCUUCACAUGUUUGCUGCUGAGCUUCGCUAUUCUCUCUCCAGCGCAGGCGGACGACGACGAUGCAUACCACUGGCUGGACGACUCCCACAAGUUUAUAACGCGUCCGGACAUUGAAGCGCCCAGAUUCAAUGUCACCAUUUACGAACGACGGCGAGUCAGUCUUGGGUACUGGUUCGUACCAUCCUACGACUUCUUGGAUCAGUCAUUUCAGAACGGAGGAAGAUGGACAGCGCCGCACAUCUUUGAUGGCAGUGGUGAGCUCAUCUGGAGCGGCUCGUACUUGAGCCGGCAGUACGAUGCCUUCGAUUUUCGGCUCAGCAACGUCCUUGGUGAGACAAUGCUGUCAUUUCUGUAUCCGCACAACCGCAGCGCAAUCCUGCUCGACACAAGCUACAACGUCCGGUAUUCAGUCCCAGUGGCAGAAGAGGGCCAGAGCGUUGACAUGCACGAGUUCCACAUCGUCGAGAAUGGUACAAAAGCACUGUUCUUCUACGACCAGCGGAGGAACGUCACGCAGGAGCAGUCGCGGGCGAUUGGAUGGAUGAACGGCAACUGCACAGUCAACGACAAUUUGUUCCACGAGCUGGACGUUGCGAAUGACUUCCAGCCGACGUUCACCUGGAGCUCCGCAGAACAUGUCGGGUUGUAUGAGAGUAGUAAAGUGGAGAACUCAUUACAAGAGAGGUGCUCGGACUUCUGGGACUUCAUACAUGUCAACUCCCUGGACAAGUUUCCAGACGGCAGCUACCUCAUGUCCAGCCGCCAUACCGAUACUAUCUAUAAAAUCGCUCCAGAUGGCAACAUCGUCUGGCGUCUUGGCGGCAGCAUGUCGGACUUUCGAGCUGGCUUCAAGUUCGCACGGCAGCACAAUGCUCGCAUCAUAUCAUCGAACGAGACGCACACGAUACUCUCGUUCUUCGACAACGCCACCAAAACACCGAUGAGAGCACCUACGUCUGACUCAUCUCGCGGUGUAAUCGUAGAGUUGCAUACUCAAACACAACCCAUGACAGCAAAGCUUGUGCAACAAUUCCCCCACCCAGAUGGGCCGGGCAAUUAUUGUGUGGCUCGAGCGAAUGUACAGGUCCUGCCAAACGGCAAUGUCUGGAUCUGCUGGGUUGAUGGGCUUCUUUCCACCGAGUACACACCGGAUGGAACUCUGAUCAUGAAGACGAGAGUGAAGCAAGACUGGCUGAAAUCUUACCGUACCUACAAGUUCUCCUUCGUUGGCAAGCCGACAGAACCUCCGAAUGUCCAUUCACAUGCGAUCGGAAGCGAUGAAGAGGGCACGACCACGACUCUGGUGCACGUCAGCUGGAAUGGCGCUACCGAAGUCACAACCUGGAACCUCUACAAGACAGACGAUGUGGGCAAUAUCGACUCACCCAAGCCUGUCACAGCAGUCCCCAAGAUGGGCUUCGAGACCGCUCUCAGCUACAAGGGUUUCGCUUCGUACGUGGUUGCCGAAGCUCUGGAUCGUCGCGGCGCCGUGCUCGGCCGCUCGGAAGUGAUCAAAACCAUUGUCUCGGCCAAGUUGUCUACGGUCACCAUUGCGGAAGAAUCACAAUGGCUGGACAAGAUGAACCGCCGGAUGGAGACCACCAAGCAAGCAAUCUGGCUGAUGCAUGUGGUUUAUGUGGAUCCUACAGUCACAUUCGCAUGCGGGCUGCUCUGUGGCAUGUCGCUGCUUGUUGCCUCGAGAGCACUGUGGCGGUCGAAGCGGUCGAGCUUCCUGUCCAGACGGCGGAACGGAUCGUUGUAUAAACGAGUGUCGCAGGACGAUUAUUUCGAGAAGCCUUAG